UUUGCUUAAGUCAUAUUAAGAAAAAUUCAAGAUGAGUGACCAAGAUGAGCCAAGCUCAGUGUACAAUGAUCUUCGUCUGAAUGGAGAGUUUUGCGAUGCAGUCAUCCAAGUCGAGGAUGUGGAAUUUCAAAUCCACAAGGUCAUCCUCUGUAAAUGCAGCCCAUACUUCCGAGCUCUCUUCAGACGCUGGUCAAACCCAGACGCAAAGGUCUUUAACCUACCCGGCCUGUCUCCUGACAUGAUGCAGCUCAUCAUUGAGUUUGCAUACAGCGGCUCUGUAUCUGUGACAGAGGACAAUGUACAAGAGCUGCUGCUGGCAGCCGAUCAGCUCAAUGUAAUUGACCUUGUACAAGCCUGCUGCGAAUUUCUGGGGGAGCAGCUCUGCCCACAGAACUGCAUCGGCAUCUGGCAGUUCACCAACAUCUGCUUCUCCUCCGAACUUCAGCGCAAGGCCUACCGCUAUAUCAUUGAUCACUUUGAGGAGGUUGUGUCCUGUGAAGAGUUCCUGCAGCUCUCUGUGCAGGAACUAAGUGACAUCAUUGAUAGAGACGACCUCAGUGUGAGAAAGGAGAGUUCUGUGUACGAGGCCAUCCUUAAGUGGAUCGCCCACAAACCAGAAGAACGAAAAGGACACAUCACAGUACUCUUGUCUAAGGUUCGGCUGGCCUUGACGAGUGCAGAGUACAUCAGGAUUCACGUGAUGUCCAAUGAGCUGCUGGAGAACAACAAAGUAUGCCUGCCCAUGUUCAGAGAUGCCAUGCAAACCAUCUGUGACAUGAUUACAAACAGAACCUCUGUGUCUGGUGUCUAUAACCCUCAAGCCCGCCCUCGCCUGCCUACUGCCAUCCUGUUGGCCAUUGGAGGCUGGAGUGGUGGCGAUCCAACUAAUGGCAUUGAGGUGUAUGAUGUCCGCGCUGACCGCUGGUGCAACAUGGUAAAUAAUCUGGAGCGUCCUCGUGCCUAUCAUGGCACUGCCUUUCUCAAUGGCCAAAUCUACUGUGUUGGUGGCUUUGACAGGGUGGAGCAUUUUAAUAGUGUGUGCAGGCUUGACCUGAGCACAAACACCUGGCAUGAGGCGGCACCCAUGUACUGCCGCCGCUGCUAUGUAAGUGUCACUGUGCUGAACGGAUACAUCUAUGCUAUGGGUGGCUAUGAUGGGCACACACGACUCAACACUGCAGAGCGCUACAGGCCCGAGACCAACCAGUGGAGUCUCAUAUCACCCAUGCACGAGCAGAGGAGCGAUGCCAGCAGCACAACACUCCACAACAAGGUUUAUAUUUGUGGUGGUUUCAAUGGGAACGAGUGCCUGCAAACAUGUGAAUAUUACAGCCCAGAGACCAACCAGUGGACAAUGAUCACCCCCAUGGACAACAGGCGCAGUGGAAUUGGCAUCAUCGCACAUGCAGACCAUGUCUACGCAGUUGGUGGCUUUGAUGGCAACAACCGCCUGCGCAGCGCUGAGGCCUACAAUCCCGAGACCAACACCUGGCACGCAGUGUCCUCCAUGUUGACCCCCCGCAGCAACUUUGGUAUUGAAGUGAUUGAUGAUCAGCUGUUUGUUGUUGGGGGCUUCAACGGCUUCACCACCUCCUAUAACGUUGAGUUCUAUGACGCAACAACUGAUGAGUGGUCUGAAGCCUGUGACAUGGAGAUUUUCCGCAGUGCCCUGAGCUGCUGUGUGGUGUACGGGAUCCCCAACAUCGCUGAGUACACGUUCCCCCGUGACUCACUGUCGCUUUUGGAGUCUGUGGAGUCAGAAGACUAAAAGUAACUAAAUAAAUUUCUCGCUGCAUCAAA